AAGGGGAUGGGGACUCUUGUCAUGUCAGAGAGAACGUGCCAGCCUGGCUCUGCUUUCUUUUCCUAGAGGGUCUAACACCUCUCCCGGCCCUGACAUCUAGCUGGUCCCUGAGGAGGAGGCAGAAGUCAUGAGGAGGCAAUGGGGAAACAGCCAUGGCAGCCAGUGCCUGCCUAUGGUUGCUUGGACAUUAAAGGGUCACCAGCUGAGUGUGGGCUGAGUGUCCCCGAACACAACCUUUGUGCUUAGGAAGAACCCAUUCUAGAGCUGAGAGAGAAGGAUGCCAACAUGCUGCUUCCUCCCUCUUUCUGGGAGCAUUUCUUCUGCCCCUCCAAUCCCAUCCCUGAGAGCUGGUCCCAGGUCCAGCCCAAGCAGGAGAGGCAGCCCUCACCUUCCCAGGUGUUUGUAGGCAUGUUACUCUCCCUCCUAGGGAGUGUUCCCCACAGCUCCACCUUCCCUGCAGGCCUCCUCCAUCCUCUAAAGCACAAAUCAUCACCACCUCCACAACUCGAAUGUCUUUCUCAGCCAUGCCUGAUUCGUCUGCAGGAAGGAAAAAGGAAGCAGUUCCUGGUAGCGUAUGGAGGGACCCACAGAAAAACCAAGAGCCCACAGCAGAUAUUGCUUGUUUUUUACCUCUAACUACUCUGGAGUGGAAGAAAGGGCAUCCAUUGUAAAGUCCAACUCUUAUCAAAGGCAAGAACUGUCUUCUCUGCUCAGAGCACUGAGUCGAGGGCAUCUCCAGGACAGACAUUCAGGCAGAGCAAGCUCCAGGUUUCACCACAAUGCUCAUCCCUGCCUCCCCACUCCACCCACCUCUGCCUUCCUUACUGCUGUAUCUGCUGCUUGAACUGGCAGAAUUUCUUUUGGGAGAGUUUUCUCCAUCUUAUCCCAGAAGAGGCAGAACUCAGAAGACUACACUGGGAUGGCCCCCAAUUCUGACAAAAUCUCCCAGUGGCCAUGUCUGUUGCAAAUCUCUUUGUUCAGGAACUUCAGAUGAAGAGUUCCAGGUGAACCAGCCUCAGAGUUUAGUGUCAGUCAAUGCUGGAGAUGUCCUAACCCUGGCCUGCAAUAUGUCUGCUCUGUCCCCAGAAGGGCCUGUCUUGUGGUUCAAGAGUACUGGGCCAGGACAACAAUUAAUCUAUAGUUUCAAUGGAAGCCACUUCCCCAGAGUAACUCCAGUGGAAAACACAAUGGUUGAUCAAACUGACUAUUCCAUUCGCAUCACUGACAUGUUGCCAGAGGAUGCUGGCAUCUACUACUGUGUGAAGUUAAGGGUAGGACACCCUGACAUGGAGUUUUUCUCUGGUCCAGGAACCACCGUGUAUGUGAAUGGAGCCACACAUGUGUUCCAUGUGCAACAAACAGAGAUGUCACAGACUGUAUCAACUGGGGAGUCAAUCAUCUUGAGUUGCAGCGUACCAGAUACCUUACCAAAUGGACCUGUCUUGUGGUUCAAGGGAACAGGGCCAAACCGGAAAUUAAUCUACAAUUUCAAACAAGGUCACUUUCCCAGAGUAAAAGAGAUUGGAGACACCACCAAGCCUGGCAACACAGACUUUUCCAUCCGUAUCCAUGAAAUCUCUCUUGCUGAUGCUGGCACCUAUUAUUGUGUGAAGUUCAUAAAAGGGAGAGCUAUCAAGGAGUACCAAUCAGGUCAGGGCACUCAGGUGUUUGUUAUUGCUCCACCCUCUCUCCCUGUGGUAAUAGGCCCCUUGGAGAGGGCCUUGCUCGGGCAGACUGUGAAUUUUAGCUGCAUGUCCUACGGCUUCUAUCCCAAAAACGUCACCCUGAAGUGGUUCAAAAAUGGGAAGAAACUCUCAUCCCUCCAGACCCAUGUGGUUCAGUUAAAGAACAGCAAUACCUACAAAAUUGUCAGUACCACGGAGGUAGUCCCAGCUCUAGAUGACCUAAACUCUCAUAUUACCUGCAGUGUGUACCAUCGAAGCUUGCAUUACCCUCUUCGUGGGAAGGCUGAUUUGUCUGAGACCAUAAUAGUUCCACCCAAGGUGUCCAUUCUUCAACACCCUGCCUCAAAUAACAAGAUGAAUGUCACCUGCCAGGCAGAGAAGUUCUAUCCCCAGGACAUGCAACUGACCUGGCUGAAGGAUGGAAGUGAACCCCAGAGAGAUGAGACCCUGACCCCCACCAAGGGCAAAGAUGGACUGUACAGCGUGCAGAGCUCCAUCCUGGUGAAAAACAGUGACCACGAGGAGGACACUAUGCUCACCUGCCAGGUGGAACAAGAUGGAUGGCAGAAGAUCACUGUAAAAAUGACAUUUUGGACCUCUGCUCACCUGGAUAGGUCUCAGUUGUAGCCAAUAGCAAGGCCUCCAUGACUUAUUUAAGGAAGCUCCUUCAUCUUUCCAUAAGACGUUCUUUUUCAGAUUUAUAAAAGUUUAAAUUAUAAAAGCAAAGCCCGCUCUCUU